GAGAGAGAGAGAGAGAGAGAGAGAGAGAGAGAGACGUUGAGCAGUGGGAGAGUGAAAGAGUAUCAGUCAAAGAAAGAUCCAAAAGGCUGAAAGAGAGGGAGAGAGAGCGAAAGAUUGUCUGAGAGAGCCUCUAUGCGCUGUCCCACCCCCUGACUGGUCUUCGCCUCCCCUACAGUCCUGAGAAGCCAGCCCCGAACAGAGAGAGAGAGAAAGAAAAAAUAAAGGAGAAGAGAGAAAAAAGAGAGGGGACACACACUAGCUCAGGACUCUGGAAUUCGAAACCUUUGGAGCAACACACACACACACACACACACACACACACUUACACACACAUACACACUCAUGCACAGUCUCUGUGGUGAUUUGGAUCGUUCACAGCGGGAAUAACUCUGAGAGAUCAAGAGAGAGAGAGAGUGUGUGAGAGAGAGAGAGAGAGAGCGAGAUUCUUUCUACAUUUCUUUACUCUGGACUCUACUGCUACACCAUGGCACCUGUCACGGACAGAGAAUCACGGACCUAGGAGCGCCACAUUGCCAGGAACACACAGAUAGCAAGACAGUACAAAGGCUGCAGGAGAGCAUCCACCCCCUCUACCACGUGGAAAAAGGCAGAGGUGAAGGAGAGGAGAUGUAGAUGGCUUUACAGUAGGAGGUUCCAGUGCCACUGUGAGAAGCUUCUUCAGUCCCGUUGGAGCUGAGAAGUGUGCGGUACGACAGACGCAGAACGGGGGGAACGCCACACAACGCCCCGAAGGCUGACAUCCGUUUUGGAGAGGAGAGCGACGACAACUAGCUGUCCGUUGCUACGACAACAACCAGACCCAUUUCAACCCGAGGCGCGCCAGGCUAGUGCCAACCCCAGGACACCAUGAUGGUGGCAGUGACGAUGAUGACGACGUGGGGCUCCCUGCUCCUCAUGGCCUCCCAGGUCUCAUCCAGCGGAAUCCCCAAGACCAGCGCCUCCUCUUCACCCUCCUUCUCCUCACACCCAUUCUCCUCUUCCUCGUCCUCCCCUCGCAUGAAGCUCUCCUACAAAGAGCUGCAGCAGUUCCACGGCGUGCGCCGGUUCGAGCUGGAGCGUUCGUGCUGUUUCAGCGCCCUGUUGCUGGACGAGGAGAGGGGACGGCUCUUCGUGGGCUCACGCAACUUCCUGCUGUCACUCAGCCUGGAUAACAUUGCCAAGCAGGAGCACAAGAUCUACUGGCCGGCCCCUGUGGACUGGAGGGAGGAGUGUAACUGGGCAGGAAAGGACAUCAACACAGACUGUGUGAACUACGUGAAGAUGGUCCACCACUACAACCGCACUCACCUGUACACCUGUGGAACCGGAGCCUUCCAUCCCACCUGCGCCUUCGUAGAGGUGGGACAGAAGAUGGAGGACCACGUGUUCAGGAUCGACCCGUCCAAAAUGGAGGAUGGGAAAGGGAAGAGUCCAUACGACCCCCGUCACCCUGCAGCCUCAGUGCUGAUAGGUGACGAGCUGUAUGCGGGCGUGGCCACUGACCUCAUGGGUAGAGACUUCACCAUCUUCCGCAGUCUGGGGGGACGACCCUCCAUUCGCACCGAACAACACGACUCACGCUGGCUCAACGAGCCUAAGUUUGUGGGUUCGUUCUGGGUGCCGGAGAGUGAGAACCCAGACGAUGAUAAGAUCUUCUUCUUCUUCCGGGAGACGGCGGUGGAGGCUCAGGGCCUGGGGAAGUCCACCUACUCCCGUAUCGGACAGCUCUGCAGGAAUGAUAUGGGUGGCCAGCGUAGUCUGGUCAACAAGUGGACCACGUUCUUGAAGACUCGUCUCAUCUGUUCUGUGCCGGGCAGUGACGGCAGUGACACCUACUUUGACGAGCUCCGGGAUGUGUUCCUGCUGCAGACCAAGGACAGGAAGAACCCUCUGGUCUACACUGUCUUCUCUACCUCCAGCAGUGUAUUCAAGGGAUCAGCCGUGUGUAUCUACACCAUGAAUGACAUCCGCAGGGCCUUCUUGGGGCCCUUCGCCCACAAAGAGGGUCCAAACUACCAGUGGGUCCCCUUCCAGGGCAAAGUCCCCUACCCACGCCCUGGCAUGUGCCCCAGCAAGACAUUCGGCAGCUUCGAGUCCACCAAGGGUUUCCCUGACGACGUGAUCCAGUUUGCCCGUCACCACCCUCUCAUGUUUAACCCCGUGUACCCCCUGAACCGCCGGCCCGUCUUCCUGAGGACCAACGUAGACUACAGCUUCACCCAGAUCGCUGUGGACCGGGUGGGCGCCGCAGACGGGCAUUAUGAUGUCAUGUUCAUUGGCACAGACAAAGGGACGGUGCUGAAAGUGAUCUCUGUACCGAAAGAGAGCUGGAACAACAUGGAGGACCUGCUACUGGAGGAGCUAGAGGUGUUCAAGGAUGCCUCAUCCGUCAUCAACAUGCAGAUAUCCUCAAAACGGCAACAGCUGUAUGUGGGCUCAGACACGGGUCUGGCCCAGGUUCCUCUGCAUCGCUGCAGUAUCUAUGGAAAGGCCUGUGCUGAGUGCUGCCUGGCCAGAGACCCCUACUGCGCCUGGGACGGCACCUCCUGCACCCGCUACCUACCCAACACCAAACGGCGUUUCCGUCGUCAGGACGUGAGGAAUGGAGACCCCAACACCCUGUGUUCAGGAGACCACCACAAGCACCGGGUGGCAGAGAGGAGGCUGUUCGGGGUGGAAGGGAGCAGCACCUUCCUGGAGUGUAUCCCCAAAUCCCUGCAGGCCAGAGUGACCUGGACCUUCCAGAAACAACCCCACAACGCCAAGGAAGAGCCGCGUCUGGAUGACCGUGUGCUGCAGACAGAGCGGGGGCUGUUGGUGAGGAGGGUACUGAAGCGGGAUGUGGGCCUCUACCAGUGCCACGCCAUGGAGCACGGCUUCACCCAGACCCUACUGGGCAUCACCCUGGAGGUAGUACCCUCCUCCUCCUCUUCCUCCCCGCCCGCCGACCCUCUCCUUCGAUUGGACCCCCGCAGCGGAGGCGGCGGCCCACCUUCCACCAAUCAGAAGCUGUGGUACCGGGACUUCAUGCAGCUGGUGGACCACCCGAACCUCAGCACCGUGGAUCAGAUCUGUGAGCAGGUGUGGGCGCGCAAGAGCGCCCAAUCGGACAAGAGCUUCCCGUCUUCUCCCGACAAACAGGCCCCGCCCAUCGGUCCCGUGGUCCGGCCCCCUAACAAGAAGUGGAAGCAUCUGCAGGACAUCCGCAAGGGGAGGAACCGCCGAACCCACGACGGGAAACCCUCCCCACGAGCACCACGCAGCGCAGGGGAGUGACAACAGAGAGAGAGGAGAGAAAGAAGGAGAGAGACUGAGGGUGGCGAGAGAGGGAAGAGAGGGAAAAGAGGGAAGAGGAAAAGAGAGAGACAGAGACUGAUAGAGACCAAGGACUUCUGGAGGGUGUCAACACAUACACAGCACCUCCUUCUUUGUGAAUAUUUAUCUUCCGACACCCCACUAGCUACUGCCCCAUGAUGCUUCACUCUGCCCUGACCCCUGACCCCCUGAUUAGCUUGUACCGCCCCUUAUUAUUCCCCCUAUCUUUAUUCUCUGUCCCAGCUCUCAAUCCCUUUGGGUGUACUCUCCUGGAGAACUUCUGAUGGAGACAUCACCUCUACAGAAUAGACUGAACAGAGUCCCCAGGUGAAAAGAUGGCUCAGUGUAUGUCACUCAAUCUCUCAACUGGAAUUACAACUGGCUCGUAACCGGAAUAUCCGAAUGGAAAAAGACACACAUACACACCACAGGAGGCUGGUGGCACCUUAAUUAGGGAGGACGGGCUCGUGGUAAUGACUGGAGUGGAAUCAGUGGAACGGUAUCAAACACGUGGUUUUCAAUUGUUUGACGCCAUUUCAUUUGCUCCGUUUCCGGCCGUGUUUAUGAGCCGUCCUCCCCUCAGCAGAGCCUCCUGAUGAUACACGUUUACAGCCCUAGACGACGGUACCUUUGAUAACGCGGACGACAAAUUGUGAGACGGGACAAAAACAAUGGGCUCCGCAGACUUCCAAACGCACACUGAUCAACUUAGGUAUAAUCCCAUUUCACGUGUUUUGCAAAGAGAGCAUCACGUAGAUGUGUGCUUUGUGACAGAUGCAGUCUUUGAUGUUCUUUUUUUUGGUCCAAACCACUACAGAUAGGAGAAAGCACUACUGUCAUUCCAGGGUAUAGAGAGAGCUGUUACAAUGAGGUGAGAUUCUGAAGCAGAGAGAGAGAGAGAGAGAGAGAGAGAGAGAGAGAGAGAGUGUACAUGAUCAAUACAAUGGUUCCAUUGUGAUUCUAUUUUACAAAAUGGCUGACAAGGUAGAGGAAGUGGGCGAUGUUCUACCUGUAUGUUUAUGGGGUGACGAGGUAGAGGAAGUGGGCGAUGUUCUACCUGUAUGUUUAUGGGGUGACGAGGUAGAGGAAGUGGGCGAUGUUCUACCUGUAUGUUUAUGGGGUGACGAGGUAGAGGAAGUGGGCGAUGUUCUACCUGUAUGUUUAUGGGGUGACAAGAAAAAUGUUUUGUGUUUUAUUUAGUCAUUUAUUUAAAUGAUCUAUGUGUAUUUUCUGACUCGGAUGACUUGUGUUGUGUGCUGACACAUUUACAUGGGGGGAGAUGGUUGAGAUGGUUCAAGUGACAGGCUGCACAACAUCAAUGUGGACGUGGCCAAACAAUAGUGGGCUUUGAAUACGACGUCCCAACUUUGGGCAAAAAGCAUGAUAUUUAUAUGUGAAAAGAAAACAUCUCGAUUUUUUUUAUUCCAAAUGGUACAUACAUGGUUCUUUUAGGCUUACACUGUUUGCCUAGGUAAAUGAUCAGUAGCUGUGUGCGUGCGUGCGUAAAUAAACGUCCCUCCCUCCUGUGCUGUGUCUGUAGGCCCAUCUCUGAGUGUCAAUUUUACAGCAUGUCUUUGAUGCCUUCAGUUCAGGCGAAACACAUUUGUCCUCAGUGAAAUGGUGUGAGUAGAUCGCCACCUAGUGUCCUUUCCGUGUAUAGGCCUGGUCCGUUGACUUCCUACGGUACGAUUCAAUACAGUCUGUUGUCGGCUUCUUCAAAUAAAAACGUGCUUUAAAUGUUUCUCCUUUUACCAGUGAAGUCUGUGAGAGCGUACAGAUGUGAGGAAUCCCGCCUUUUAUUUAUAGCUGCUUAACAAAGGUGUAAUUAUUAACUUUUGAACGACUGAGGCCAAUAAAUUAGGUGGGCUGUAGUUUUGUGCUCUCCAAUUGCAUGACCAAGGUUAAGGACUAGACGGUGCACAAUGGAGACUUUGGCUGCCUAUCUGAAUGGCACUCAGGGCCCAUAGGGUCCUGGUCAAAAGUAGUGCACUAUAUAGGGAAUAGAGUGCCAUUUGGGAGGUACCAUUUGAGAGGCGAGAGGGUCUUGUGUUCAAUAUGCUCAAUAUGGUUAUCCUAUGUAUUCAUGUGCACAAAAUAAGCUAAUAUGUUGUGGUGGAUAUUUUUUUUCUUCUUUUCAUGUCAAGACUUGGGGCUCUAUUCAAUCUGUAUCGAUGAAGCGUUACAGAAUGCGCGACAGAAACCUAAAGGCGAUUUCCAAUUGAGGUGACAAAAGGCAGUGUUUACUGUGUACGCAGCCUCUGCUAAUGCGGGGACGUUGCUUUUAGAUUGAAAUCAAACUGUCACGCUAAACUACAGCCUUGCCGAUUGAUUGGAGCCCUUGCAGUUGUACCAUACACGUUCUGCAAAAGCUAUCAUCAUUCAAAAAACACUCGGUAAAUGUUGAUCCGGUUGUCCAAUUAGCAUCAUCGUUCUUCACGCUGCCCUCCAACAGCUGAUCCUUUCUAUUCCAUGCUAUGUUACGCACCCCAACUGUGUGUGUGUGUGUGUGUGUGUGUGUGUGUGUGUGUGUGUGUGUGUGUGGGGUUUGGAGGAAAGGAGAGCUUUACAUAUUGGCUUAGGAGGAGAGGUAGUCUGUAGAAACAGUUCAAAGUUCAGAGGCCAAAGUUGACAUGGUGCACUGUAUUACUUCCAGAGUUCUUUGUGGAUUGUUGUGCCGGAUUGUUUUUGAUUAACACAAUAAAGUGCCCAGUUACUUUA